CCUCUCCUUCGCACGAAAAAAGUAGAUACUUGAAGUUAAAUCGUAGACACUGGAGGUAUUAAGAGGGAUGAGAACCCGUGCGCCGCCGCGCAGAAGCGAGGGGGGAACGUCACCCACGGGUCCAGAGCAACUCGGGGCUUUUAUUGAGCUAUUUGUGUGUAACAGUGGAUUUAAUCGACGAGGAUAACUGUAAAAACAUUGACGGAGUUUGAACAGGACUCGCCUCCUGUUUUUAAACUUUCGGGAAAAGGGUGAAUAUCAGAAAGCAUACGGCGAUCGUCUGAACAAUGAGUGGAGUCUGAACACUUGAUACGGGGUUCUAUCAGGUUUGGGAUGUAGCCAGAUGAAUCGGAAUGCGUUGUAUUUUUGGGGACAAGGAUUUUUACGAUAAGUGUCGUCACUGGGGCAGUAACGUAGGCUUCACAGGACAACAGGAGUGUAUCUAAACCGAGAUUAUUAAGCCAAUGGGACAUUGAUAAUAGGCAAAAUAACACAAUUCAACACCCUUAAUCCAAACACUUCGGGCAGAAAAUAACUCGUCACCAUGGACAUAUUAUGGAUUGCAAGGCGAUGCGCUCAUCUGGUUCAUGCAAUGAUUCUGUUUACUUCUUUUUGGAAAGUGUUAGAGUGCCGUGGUGGGGAAACACAGCCCCGGUUCUCAUCCUCCCUUCCCACCUACCUGCCCGUCUCCUGCCAGCUGCAGGGUGCAGUCUCCUCCUUCUUCCUCCGAGAGGCGGGACAGGAAGUGAUGCGAAACGGUAGCCUCCAGACCCGCACCGAGCCCUUUUUCCUCCACCAACCGGAGGCCGGGGCGGCCCCCCUUCCCUCUGUCAACUGUAGCUAUGGCAACAUGACAGCCGAGGCCCCGGUGCCACUGGAGCUGCUCCAGGGCUCCGCCCAACUCCUCGGCCCUGCCCCCGCCCACAUUACCCUCAACUGGAAGGUGGGGGCCCAGGUAGUGAGCCGCUGGGUGGGCUCGGCGCGGCCCCUCGUCCAGGUACUGUUCUACCUGGCGGGCCGCCGCUGGGACGAGGCCGCCGCCCGUCCAGAGAGGCUGCCCUGCGUACGGCUGGUCGUGGUGCGCGAGCCCGGCGAAGCCUCCCUGCUGGCGGGCUGCCGGUUAAACGAGGUGGCCGGUGGCGUUUGGAUCUGCGUGGCCCGUCUGGAGUUGCCCGCCACCUGGUUCACCCCGUUGCCAGGGCGGAGGAGGAUCCCCGACACCGCCCUGGCGGGGCUGGAGCUCUACUACUCCGUCCAGCCCGUGGAGGGCCGGAGGGUGGAGUGCCCCGCCGUCAAGGAGCAGAGGAGGGGGCAGAGCGGAGCGCCGGUCGGGGACAUGCAGAGCGCCGGGUCCGUGGGGCUGGUGGUCGGCCCGGCGGGGUCCCGGGCGGAGCGGCUGAGGCUGGACGACAACGUGGAGAUCCUGGUGCCUCCCAGCCCGCUCCGACUGGGCCAGACAGUGGGGUUCCGCAUUCGCAUGAGCAGCGCUUCCAGCGUGGAGCAGUUCACUCUAAGGGCCCUCUUCAGACAAGGGGUCAACUUCGUGUCAGUGAAACCCAGCAACGUGGCCUCCGCUUGGGAGAUAAAACAGGAGAUGCUCCCUGGAAGUACCUCCUUGUCUGUGUUCUGCCAGAGGAAGGCAGUUUCCACCGGGGAAAGGUCGGAGGUCUCCUUUUAUGAAGUGAUGCAGGUGGAGUUUGAGAUGGACAACAUCAUCAGUGUUCAGUCCACCCAGACUAUCCAGUGGCAGAUCACAUACCCCGCCACAGGGGCACAGGCCCAGGUCCAGAGCCAGCUGUACAUCAGCCAGAGAGACAUUCAGGGCGUCGUAGCCCUGGCGGAGGACACAGAGAUCGUGAACACGGCCAUCCUGACGGGCAGACGGGUUGUGGUUCCGGUGAAGCUGGUCUCGGUGGAUUGGGAGGGUACGGUGAGGGAAGUGGUGGAUACGGUCAGCUGUACCUCCCCUGACACAGACGUGGUCAAGGUGUCUCCUGGCUGUGACUCGGUGCUGGUCAAUGGGAAGGAGAUGAGAGGCAGACAGUCCCUGAUGGUCAACUUCACCUUCCUCCACCUGAGCGCCCAGCUGGAGCUGACGGUGUGGGUUCCUCGGCUCCCCCUGCAGAUCCACGUGUCGAACACAGAUCUCAGCCAGGUGAAGGGCUGGAGGGUGCCCAUCCUGUCCAACAAAAGGCCCACCCGCGACAGCGAGGACGACGAGGACGACGAGAGGAAGGGCAAGGGCUGCACGCUGCAGUACCAGUCCGCCCUGGUGCGGGUGCUGACCCGCUUCGUGGCGGAGCCAGCGGACCCGGGCGGGGAGUUGGUGUACCUGCUGGGUGCAGACUGGCAGGCGGACAUCACAGACCUGGUCGUGGACUACCUGAAGGUGGAGGACCCACGCAUCGCUCGGCUACUGGACGGACAUGUCGUUAUGGGCCGGGAAAAGGGCAUCACCUCCAUUCAGGUGCUGUCACCUCUGUCCGACUCCAUCCUAGCUGAGAAGGCGGUGACGGUCCGGGAUGACAAGGUGACCAUCACCGAACUUGGUGUCCAGCUGGUGGCCUCGCUGACCAUGAGCAUGCAGGCCAGCCCAGGGAGCAACCAGGCCAUCACACUGACCACGACCGCUCAGGACAUGCUGCACAGCCCUAAACAGGAAGCUGUCAUCAGUGCCUGGAUUCAGUACAGUGACGGCUCGGUGACCCCUCUGGACAUCUACGACCCCCGAGACUUCACGCUCAGCGCCAUCUCCCUGGACGAGGCGGUGGUGUCCACCUAUCAGGAGCAGCCGAUGCGUUGGCCUGUGGUAGUGGCAGAGGGGGAGGGUGAGGGCCCGCUGAUCCGGGUGGAGAUGGUCAUCUCCGAGACCUGCCAGAAGUCCAAGAGGAAGAGCGUCCUGGGCAUGGGCGUGGGCAGCGUCCGGGUCAAAUUUGGCCAGAGCGACGUGGAUCAAAGGGUCGCAGGUCAGCAGGAAGGAGAGCGAGGCCCGGGUAACGGCACCAAUGAGCCGAGACAAAAAGGCGCAGACGGUGACAGGGCAGGAGAAGACGGCUGGAAACACACAAACGCCGCUUCAGACCGUGAGGAGGGCGCCAUGCGGAAGACCACUGCCACUACCAAGAGCUCCGUCACCCACCGGGUGGGGGCGAACAAGCAGGGAGCCACCGGGAACAACCGGGAGAACGGGGGCCAGAGCGACCCUGCGGACUACACCAGCUUCCCAGCUCAGGUGGACGUGCCGGGGGCCGCGGGGAGCGACCUGUCCCAGACGCCGCGGGGCCUGUCUGACCUGGAGAUCGGCAUGUAUGCCCUGCUGGGCGUCUUCUGCCUCGCCAUCCUGGUGUUCCUCAUCAACUGCGUGAGCUUCGCCUUCCGCUAUCGCCACAAGCAGCUGCCGGCCCUGGAGCAGGGCAACAUGAACCACGCCCACGACUGGGUGUGGCUAGGCAAUGAGGCCGACCUCCUGGAGUGCCACGGCGACCAGUGCCAGUCGCCGCGCCAGGAUGAGUGCACCACCAUCAUCGACCGCGGCGAGGGCUACGAGGAGAGCAAGUACUUGCUGAAUGGAGGAGGGGGUGUGGGGUUGCAGCGGGGCUCCACCCACAGUCAGACUCUCCCACGCUCCCUCGCAGAGCCCCGGCAGUGCGCCGGCAAGGAUCCGGCAGGCAAGGCCGAACCGCUCAACAACUCCCCCAGUGCUGCCAAGCGCAAGCGGGUCAAGUUCACCUCCUUCGCCACAGUGUUGCCGGACGACGGCGGACCCUACACCAACUCCAUCCUCAUUGGCAACGAGGACGACAUCAAGUGGGUUUGCCAGGACAUGGACCUGGGCCCGUCGGCGGAGAUCAGAACCUACAUGGAGAGGCUACAGGACAAUCUGUGAGAAAGAAUGGGGGGGGGGGGGGUCGAGAGAGGAGAAACACAUGAAUAAAACUCACCUGUAAUGCCUUUGGUCUGCUGGAUGGAGGAUGGAGAUGCUUGGGGCAGAGGUGGAUGAGGAGAAUCGCUUGGGAUAGGAGAGACGGUUCUGAAGAGGGAUAGGCUUAGAGACAGGAGAGAAUGUUCUAGAAAAGAGCAGGAUUGGAGUUCAUAGGGAACAGUUCUACAGAGUGGAGAUAGAGAGUGGAGACAAACGGAAUGAGGUAGUGUAGAUUCAGAGAGAGAUAAGAACAGAUCCAAUUUGCGGUGAGGCAGUAGUUCGAGUCAACUCACAUGAUCUGCAGAGGCACAUAACAUAAUCCAAGAACACAAGUGAUUCCCAAGUCAGAAGAAAGUUCAUUUAAUAGUUAUCACUUUUAUAACAACCUUGUUAAUAUCUAAAAUAUGCAGAUAAAAUUAUACUAGGUAUUGUGAAAAAAAAUGGUUCCACAGACAUGGAAAUUAAUAUAAUUGACAUCAUUCAGAAAUGUUAUUUGACAUUCCUGUCAGAACUCUCAAUUCUCAAUUUCCACAAGUCUGUCCUCAGUCUUUUCUUUUCCGAACCAGCUCUACUACUCAGAGGAAAUGCACAAUAAUAAAGUACUAUCAGCCCAUGACCUUUGACCCUGUCAUCAUCAAAACGCGACCCAAGCUCUCACAGGCCCUGCUUAGAAAAACACUUUAAUGUGUGAAACAAUCUUUUCUAAAUAUGUCAACAGCAACAAAAACAUGUAUACAAAAACAUUAGUAUAGAGUGUGUUAUUUGGACAGUGUGAGGAAUAUCUUGUUUCUCUGAACAAGCUAAUUCAUUUGAAAAAGAGUGAAUUGGAAACACAUUUUCAUCCCAGAAAUGUAGCCAGUGGAGGUCGCUCUCCUGUUAGCCUGAACUCGGCAGACCCUGGCCUGUCCACCUUGUGUCUGGACAGCAAUAAAGAGACUGCACAACCGGAAUGGGACUGGACACUCAGCAGAACAGGGCUCUCUAAAGCCCUAUAUGACUAGGCUGCUGAGCAUGGGAUCUAACCCAAAUAACAGCCCUUAUGACAAAAAAAGAACAGAGUCUCUGUGGUGUUCAGUACCAUGCAAGGACUACAAAUACCAGAGACUCUGUGGUGUUCCGUACCAUGCAGGACUACAAAGACCAGAGACUCUGUGGUGCACAGUACCACGCAGGACUACAAAGACCAGAGUCUCUGGGUUGUGCUAUACUACGCAGGACUACAGAGAACAGCGUCUCUGUGGUGUUCAGUACCAUGCAUGACUACAAUGACCAGAGACUCUGUGUUGUUCAGUACCAUGCAGGACUACAACGACCAGGGACUCUGUGGUGUUCAGUACCACGCAGGACUACAACGACCAGGGACUCUGUGGUGUUCAGUACCACGCAGGACUACAAAGACCAUUGACUCUUUGGUGUUCAGUACAACGCAGGACUACCAAGACCAGGGACUCUGUGGUAUUCAGUACCAUGCAGGACUACAACAACCGGAGACUCUGUGGUGUUCAGUACCACGCAGGACUACAACAACCGGAGACUCUGUGGUGUUCAGUACCACGCAGGACUACAACAACCGGAGACUCUGUGGUGUUCAGUACCAUGCAGGACUACAAAGACCAGAGACUCUGUGGUGUUCAGUACCACGCAGGACUAUAGAAGUGUGGGGCGUGACUCGCUGCUCGUGUCCAUCCACCGUCCACAUCCUUGUGUUCCCCUCCACCCUACACACCCUCCACCCUACACACCCUCCACCCUACACACCCUCCACCCUACACACCCGACCCGCAUUACUGUGUCGGGGGGGUGCAUUUCGAGACGUCAACCAGCCCCACGUGUCUCUCCCUCUUGACAGACUCUUAUUUUCCUGAAAGAUUCUGUCAUUCCUUUCUGUCCCUGCAGUUUCUUUUAUUGGAUGGUCGACGAUGGUGAGUGGAGCAAGAGAGGAAUCUCAGCCCUCCGUCAGCUCAGGUGAACACUCACACAGACAGAACGUUGGAAGUUCAUUGUAGAUUGUGAGAUUGCAAUAUUUAUUUAUAAAUGUUAUUACGGAGAAGUGGAUGUACAUAAAAUGCUUAAGAGUACUUGUUGAUAGGAGCAGAUCACUAGCCAGAAAUGGUGAUUUUUGUACAUUUUACAGUGCAAGGGGGUUAUGUUCCACACAGUACACCUGUCAUUGCUGGGUAAUAUUGUUUUUUUUUUGUAACAAAUGGUUUAAAUCAUAAUAUUGAAUUGAAGUGCUUGUAUUUGUACAGGGUAGGACUCAGUCUGUCUCCAUCAAUCUAAAUAUGGUGACAAGUCUUUCUACCCACUGAUCAAACGGAACCAGAUUCCAGUGACAGGAACCGCUUCGAUCACAAUUUUGUGUGACGAUCCACUAUGUGCAGUUUACUUGUAGACCACAAAGAUCCAAAACUUGAAGGGGUUUUAAACUUUUAGCAAGUCAAGAAGCAGAUCACCACAUACACCCUCAAAGCAAUAGACAGUGAAGCUGAAGAACAUUACAAUCUAUGGGAUCCCUUUUCAUCACACCUCAAAACAGAAAAACUAUUGCGACUAACAACCGGCCUCGUUUUGUCCCAAGAGGAAUAUGAACACAUUUUGGUUUAUGGUACGCAGUGCAAUCAAAACAUCCCGUUCUGUUUGCAUUGUAGAGGGCUUGGUCCACCAAGUGUUUCCCUGAGCUGUGAAGAAUGGGACAGAAAAGCAAUAUGUCCAGCUGAGCCUCUGCAGUUUCUGCUCAUGCCUCCGUUACUGUUUUCUGCUCGUCCCUGCAUUAUUUUCUCAGAACAAAGGUUAAGGUGAAGCAGACAGACUUCCCAGGCCUUUUAGUGCGUUGAGUGAGUCAUAGAUGUUAGUUCAUUUAUAAUGUCCCUUUUUUCCAGUUUUUAUUUCAUGUUAAACAGCUUUGUUUUGAAAUGCAAGGGUUUUCUGGACCUGAACAAUAAAGAGAUAUAUGUAUGUAAACACUUUGCAAUG